UUGUCGUAGACCCGACGAAUCAUGAAAACCUGCCGGAAGUCGGUGGCCACGGUGCUACUGUUGUUAAUUCAUUUGUUAACGUUACAAAUCGAUGACGCAGUCGCAGGGCGCAACGCCUCGGAUGUGAAAAGGGAUCCCAGAGUUAUCCUGGAGGAGGUGAUCAUUACCGGAAGUGGAAACAAUACUCGCGUAACAGCGAACGCAGUGGCGGAAGAGCCUUCGAAGAUCGGCGACGAGAUAAUCUCGCUGCUGUCCAAGCGCAAUGCACGUAGACGACGUUUGAAGCAGACGUCGUCGGAUCAGGAUGCAGAUCAAUCGCACGCCGUGGCCGUUAACGCGGAGAACGACGAGGAUUUGGAGAGGCUGAAACGCGUGAUCGCGAAGUACGAGCCGCAGCGGAUCACGUCGAGGAAAACCAAGCGGAAAAUCGUCGAUGGCACUCACGAUAUACACGAUAAAACCAUAAGGUCAAAUACGGAUCUCGAGAAGAUUUAUCACGAAGUCCUGAGAAACAUAUCGCGCACAGCGCCCGAAUUGAUGGUAUCUAAUGCCAACGUGACAUUCAUCCCUUCUUAUUUGUCUCAAGUAAUAAAAAAUUUGGGGCAGAUCCACACUCCCGGAGCGACGAUUCAUCCUGCGAGUGACGUCGGUGCGACGAAAACGUCACGUUUCGAUAUUGAUACAUCGCCCACUGCAAAAAAUAAGAAGAAGAGUAUAUUUAAAAAGUAUUUACAGCUGAAUCGCACCACAGCGAGUCCUCGAAUUUCGUCGAUCGAAGAAGUCGACAAAGAAACCGCUGACAGUAACGAAUCGGGCACGGCGAAGGGUUAUUUCAAAGCACCCGGUGCGAGAGCGAAGAAUGAAUCGUCAGAAUCAUUAUUGAGUACCGCAGAAAAGCCCGAAAGCCCACGCAAAUGGAACGCUCAAGAAUCUCCGGCUCGUAUCGCACCUGCGUUUGAUACGCAGUUGAACAACAGCAACGCCUACAAUAUUUUUAACGCGAAAAAUUCGAUUGUCCCGAGCGACGUAAACAGUCUUCAUUUACUGUCCAAGUAUAACGUAGCGCCGAGACCAUUUUCCAUAUUGCAAUCGCCCGGCGCACCUGUCGCAACAAAUUUGAAUAUUUUGUACAGAAAGCCGAGUGUCCCGCCGACUGGUUUCAAUCACCGACAGCUCGUUCGCUCUUCCGCGAACAUUCUUCCGCUGGUUCUUCCAACGGAGCUCUUCAGCCCGCCUCCGGCACGUUACUACAUUCCGAUAAAGCGCACAAAUCAUAUAAAUGUGGAUGAAAGUCCAGCAACGAUCGUCAGCACCGAGGCGAAUCCGCCGGCGAAUGUCGCAAAGGGAAGAACUGUCUUUGACAAGCCGAGUGCAGAUUACAGUGCAUCUUAUGCAGAUGUAAUUGGCACUACAAAGAGUUCCCUGAUCGCUGCUAACAACCCUCGCAGUUCCGGCUCGUCGGAUUAUUACGCCGUUACGGAGAAUCCCGCGGAAACGGCUUACGUUCCCAGUCAAGCGUCCCCCUCGUACACUCUUCAGCGACAAAAGAAUCCGCAAACCGUGAACAAAAAUGAGUUUCUACCAAAGAUCGCUACGUAUGACAAUCUUGAAAAAUCAGAUUUAAACGCGAACCUCGAGCUUGCGCUGUACAACAAAUUCGCACGUUUGUAUUCGGUCGAUCGGCCAAACGUAUUUAAUGUGCCGAAAGUAAUUGUGCAAGAUUACCAAGACAAGCAACCGGUAACUUCGCAACAAGUUUCUACCUUACCUUACUCAACUCUGAAACCCAUUUCGCCCACGUUACUGAAAGUCCAACCCGCUAAACCUGCAGUUGCGCCGUAUUACGAAAGCAGAUUAUUCGCUUCGCAAGAUGGAAAAGAACUCAAUGACAAGGACAACGGAGAAAGCGUGGAGACGAAUGAGCGAUCUCGCGUAAAAAACGCGGACGAAGCUGAAGGAGAAGCGGAUGAUGAUAAAGAUAACUUUACAAAUUAUAAAACUCGGAUCGAUCAUGGAGCUUCGAAGAUUCGCAAGACGCCAGAUGAGCAACGCGAGAAGGAAGAUCGCGAAGAAACAGAGAAGGAAGAUUAUCAUACACGCGAUUACGAACAUCAGGAUAAAUAUUCUAAGAAUAACAAAAAUGAUAAAAAUAAUGACGCACGUGAAAAAUAUGAAAAUAUCCGACAUGAGAAUAACAAGGAUGAAGAAGAUGUUGACGAAACGCAUGAAGAUGAACACGUGAGCGCCGGAGAAGACGAACAUGAUCAAGAUUAUCGUCAUCCAUACGACAAAUAUGAACACGAUCGAGAUGAUUCUGAAGAGCAACAAGACAACAAGAGUGAAAAGAAAGAUAACAAGAGUGACGAGCAGCGCUACGAGAAACGUGGCAAAGAAAAUGAUAAUCGCGAUAAGCACGAUUACGAAGCUGAUUUCAAGUACGGACUUGAAAGUAGCAAUAAAUAUUCCGAUUCGCGAUACAACGAUGACAAAACUCGCGAGGAUGUAGGCAAGUUCUACGGUAACAAAGAAUCAGAUGACGACCGGCCCAAGAAAAAUCGGCAAGAUCGCAAGCACGAAGAUUCCGAAGAAGAGAACGUUGCCGAAGACAAAUUGUACACUCAGCGCUCCGAUGAACGCGUUUACAGACAACGCGAAAGAAACGAAAAGAAACACAAUAAGAGCGGUGACACAACACACAAGCGCAAAUAUCGGCCUCAAACUAUUCCACGAAAAGACUCACGUCCUGAAGAGUACAAGCGUGAGGAAUACAGCGAAAUUAAUCCCAGGCACGUUCGCAAGGAAUAUCAUAAUCAACAGCAACAGCAGCACGUCAAGAAUAAUAAUAAUAAUAAUCAACGCGGUCAUCGGAAAUAUGAUAGUGGAAACCAGGAUAUUGAUAAUGAGAAACUGCGUGAUCACGUACACGGCGAGACUAAAGAACACGCGCACAAACAUGAAGAACAUCAUGAAAAGAAGAAAGACGGGGGAAAUCACAAAUUCGAGAAAGGCGAAGGCGCGGAACACGAAGAGGAACAUCACGGACAAGAGGGCGAGGAGGGAAAGAAGGGAUACAAAGUCUGGCACGAGAAUGAAAAAGCCGAGAAAGGACACCACGAUAAGGAACAUGCCAGCAAAGAGUACGAUGAGAAAAACGGCGAGAAGAAGAAUCACGAAGAAGAAGGUGGAUAUCACGAGCAGCAGCAUCACGGCGAAGAGGGCAAGAAGACAGCAGAAUUCGGCGAAAAGGGUGAACACAAGAAAGGACACAGUACGCACGGCGAGCAUUCGGUGCACAAAAAGGACGAAUAUGAGAAGAAGACGGAGUUCUUCGACGAAUUCCACGAGGACGAUGGCACGGAGAAGCACGGCGAGCAUCAUCACGAGCACGAGUCGAAGAAGGGCGGUCACGAGAAGAAGGCUCACCACGACGCCGCGGAUCACGAGGCGAAGUACGGCAAGGAGGAUAAGCACGAGAAAGGCGGCCAUCAUCACGAGCAUAAGGGCCAUAAAGCUGACGAAGGUCACGAUCACCAUUACGAUCAUCAUGAGAAGCACGGCAAGAAAGAAGGGCACGAGCAUGGGAAAAAGUGGAGCUAUAAAGAAGGCGACGGCGGCGGUGGCGCGGGUGACGAUCACAAACACAAUCGCUGAACUGAAAGACGCUAAUUACAGGGAAGUUAAUAGUUUUGCAAUUAUCGUAGUUAUCACCUGCUCAUGAUCUUUGAUGCGACUGUAUCUUUUAGGAUAGUUAAACCGUCGGAAUUAUCGAUCACGUAUAAUCGAAAUGUUGUGUACCAUACUUCGCAGGGGCAGUGCAUGUUUAAUCGCCGUUGUCUAUAUCGAUCACCUAUACUGGGGACACGAUAUAUUAUACGUGACGGCUUAAGAUACUCUGUUAUCUAAUUCUAGUUAAGCAAGGGUGAGAGGAGAGUGAUUGAAAUGUCGUAGCGAGCACUAACUCGAGCGGAAGUAACUGAUUGACCUCCGCGAGUUGAGUUUCCUGAGAAACCGGGAAGAUCGUACGAGCUGCCGUAUUGAUAAAGUUUCGUUUUUCCAAUUCAAUGGAAAUGUGCCUGUAUGUCGCUCGAGAGAUAAAGCUUGAACGUUGCAUUGGAAA